UAUAUAUAUUCCCAUCUCUACCUCCAAUUCUUCCCUUCAAACAAAACCAGCAUUCACAGAGAAAUCACAUUCUACUAGUGGAAAACCUAGCUUAACCACCACAAACAAACACUAAUGGGCGAGCAAAAGGAAGUAGCGAAGAAUGAAGGCGAGAAGAAGCACGCCGCCGCCGAUCCCGCUAAGAAGGACGACGGCAAGGUCGUUUUGAAGAUCGAUAUGCAUUGCGAAGGCUGUGCUAAGAAAAUCAAAAGAACAGUCAAACACAUGGAUGGUGUGGAAGAUGUGAAGGCAGACUGUGCCGCCAACAAACUCACUGUGACAGGCAAGGCGGACCCUGCCAAAAUCAAAGAGAGGCUUGAAGAAAAGACAAAGAAGAAGGUUGAGAUCAUCUCUCCUCAGCCGAAGAAAGACGGCGGCGGAGGCGACAAAAAGCCGGCCGAGAAAUCGGAAACUAAACCAGUGGAGAAAAAGGCCGAAGAGAAAAAACCGCCUAAAGAGAGCACCGUCGUCCUGAAGAUCAGGUUGCAUUGCGAAGGUUGCAUCAAGAAGAUCAUGAAAAGCAUCUUGAAGAGCAAAGGAGUUGAUAGCGUAUCCGUUGAUGCUUCGAAGGACCUGGUGACGGUUAAGGGCACAAUGGAUGUGAAGGAUCUGGUGGCGCAUCUCAAGGAGAAGCUCAAGCAGCCCGUCGAGGUGGUUCCUGCCAAAAAGGAUGGCGGCGCUGCAGAGAAGAAAGACAAAGAAGCAGCCGGCGGCGAGAAGAAAGAGAAAGAAGGUGAGAAGAAAGAGAAGGAGAAAAGCGGAGAUGACGGGAAGAAGGAAGGUGGUGCGGCUAAAGUGGAUGUCAACAAGAUGGAGUAUUUUGGGUACCCGCAACCAGAUCCGUCGUCCUGGUUUGAUGGAGGCGUGUACGGCCAGAACUUCGUGACGGAUAGUUAUCACCAUGGGUACGCAGCACAGGGUUAUGUCCCUCCUCACCCAGGCCAUAAUAUGCAGCAAGGAUAUGUGCCGGUGAUCGACUACCACUCCCAGCCUCCACAGAUGUUCAGCGACGAGAACCCAAAUGCUUGUUCCGUCAUGUGAGAUAGAGAAAGAUCAAUGGCAGAGAAUGGAUUUUUACCGAUAGAACUGAAGAUGUAAAUAAUGAAGUAUAGGGAGAGGAACGGUAAAUGCGCAAUCCAAAACGUGUACAAUUCAUGUAAGUCAUAUAAGAGUUGAUAGAUGAAAAUCGUUACGGAUCCAGUGUUUUCUAUCCGAGAUAUCUCAAAUGUUGAGAUGAACGCUAAUGAUCCAUGUAAAAUAUUGGGCCCCACAUGCUCUAUAUGAUCCAAAUAAAAUUAUUUGCAUCAAUCUUAA